AUUUGGCGAGAGAUCAAAUUCAAGAUGGCGCUUACUUUGAAGGAACUUGCUUCUCUGCUAAGUGUAUUAUCUGAGGAUGCAACCCAGACACAGUCAUUUGAGGCUUUGGCAUCAAGCUUCCAUCACUACUUCACCAAACAGGACCAUUUCAAAGUUGGAUCAGCUUUGGUGCUGUUAUUACAAAACAGAGACUUGCUCCCUCACCCAACACAAAAGCUGGCUGCUAUAUUUCUGCUCUACGAGAUGUACAGAACUGAACCUAUAGCUGUCAAUCCAUUUGCAACUGUGUUCGUCCACUUACUGAACCCACCCACAGAGAAUCAAGACGCUGGACAGUUUGACCUGCACUGGGCUAUCCCAGCUAUUUCACCAUCAGAACGAUAUUUCUUGUCACAGCUCAUCUCCAGUCCUACUAAAGAGAUGUUCAAGAAAACUCCAACAAAUAUUAUACAGAUGGAUGUAUUAAAUAUGCAGAAUUUUGAUGUAAGUGGAUUACAGUUGGCAUUAGCUGAGCGACAGUCUGAGAUGCCUGCCCAGAGUAAAUCAGCCAUGCCAUGUGUGGUACCUGAUCCAGACAAUAAACCAACAAGUUUUGACCAGUUUGGAAAGCCUGGUGUUAUCAAUCCAGAUGUACAGAGACAAACUAUAGAAGCCUUACUAACUGGUCUCCGGCCUCCUGUUGAAAACUGUAUGAUGCCAGAGUUCAUCAGACUGGCACCACCACUACAUGUGGCUGAAGAUGAGUUGUGUUGGUUAAAUCCUGUAGAGGGAGACUACAACAUCGCUUGGGAUACAACAAUGUGUGUCAGCAGUUCUGCUGGCUUUGAGGUCAAGAGACUGAUGUCCAAGGCUUUCAAGGGCCCUCUUGUCCUUUCACAACAGCAGCAGCUCCUAGGGGAACUGGAGAAAGACCCUAAAUUGGUGUAUCACAUAGGUCUUACCCCUGCAAAGCUGCCAGAUUUGGUGGAGAAGAACCCCCUUGUAGCUAUAGAAGUUUUAUUAAGGCUGAUGCAGUCCAAUCAAAUAACAGAGUAUUUCUCAGUGCUGGUGAAUAUGGAGAUGUCUCUUCAUUCCAUGGAGGUUGUCAACCGACUCACUACAGCAGUAGAGCUUCCAUCUGAGUUUAUCCAUCUAUAUAUCUCUAACUGUAUAUCAACGUGUGAGACGAUACGUGAUCGGUACCUACAGAAUAGACUUGUCCGCCUUGUCUGUGUCUUCUUACAGUCACUCAUCAGAAACAAAAUCAUUGAUGUCAAGGAUAUAUUCAUCGAAGUGCAGGCAUUUUGUAUAGAGUUUAGUAGAAUUCGUGAAGCAGCUGGACUGUUUAGACUGUUAAAGUCUCUGGACACAGUGGACGCCUCACAGUUACCACAGGCUCCUAUCAAAUAGUGAAUGUCUUGUGGAGUUAUUUGAAGUGCUAACUUGAAACAGACUGCAUAGGAAAUUGCAAUCCACACAAAUAUUCCUGGAUAUGCUUUGUUUGUUGAGGAACACAAUUGUGUGAGAGAUGGAGAAAAAGUCUGGCCAUUGUAUUCCUAAGUAUACACUGCCAGCGGGAAACUGAAGGAAUAGUCAGCAUUCGUAUGUUGUGUUUGUACUGAGGAAGAUGGGUGUGCUGAAGAACUGAUGGUAUAUGAGUUAACAGAAAAAAAUGACACCAUUUAAAGAUAGACCAAAGUAGUGUUCAAGUCAUUGUUUCAGAAUAAACUUAUACAUUUGGAAGCUGAAGUUGUGAAAAAUCCACUUUGCAGACAAAAGCUUUUGAAGCUGGACUGAAACAAGCUCCAUAUCAUAUUGUUACGAAACGAGCAUAUUGUCUUACAAACAGGAAAGGAGACAAUCACUGAGAUACAUUACUUACAGAAUCUAUUUACAGUAUACACUUAAUACUACAAAACUUAACAAGUAUUUACACAAUACUAUGCACACUAAAUUAUCAUACAACAGUUCAUUAACAGAUCUUCAGCAAUAUCUAUGGUCAGGCAGUACCACAGGUCACUGUCCAACUACGUAUUUACGAAGUAUCUUUGGAAGAUAUGCUUACCACAGCUAGUAACCUGCAGAAGAUAUUCAGUGUCAAUAUUUUCCUCAACAUAAAACGUACUUUAAGGUUCCUUAAAGAAUCUUGACAUCAAAGUUUUGCAAAGAAAAUCUUACACGUACGCUAAUACAGAUCACCAAUAGCAGUGUGAUCAUAUGGUUCUCUCCACAGAGGAGUAUUUGGCAUAAUUAACCAGAUUGCUGAUGAGAGGGGAAUUAUCAUACAGAUGGGUAUGUGCUGGGUUCAGACAACAAAAGACAAAAUUGUACCCAAAAAUCACUUGAAAUGCCUAAAUUAAGUCUAAUUUUUCAGUAAUAAUGACUAGGUAUAUUACAUCAUUUUAUCAAUAAAAUGUCAUUAUAAUUAAGAUCAAACUUUAAAAAUAUUUUCUUAAAAACAUGGGUCAAGGACCCUUUAUAUUGAGAACAUUCCAGCGAGGUGAGGAAUACAUGUACAUGAAUUUCAAAACUGUAUAUGCUAGUCUAGCCUACUUAUUAUGAUUGAUAUAUUACCAACUGUUUAUCAAAUAUUAUCUUCAGGCAUUUUGAUAUUAGACUCAACAUUUGCCAUCAAUAGCACACCUGUAUGUAAACAAGGACAACAGCUCACAGGUACACCUCAUAUAUGGUGCAUCUACAUUGAUAUUUACAGUACGGACAGUUUAGUUACCGUUAUCAGGCAUUAAUAUACAAAAAUAUCCUACAGUUAUAUUCAACACUGACCACAAGCUGCAUUUUGUGUUCUGGUAAAAAUAUACACUAUCUGUCAAAUGUGUUCACCUCUGACCAAAUCUCGAUAGAUCACGCAUGCAGGUGCAUUAUUUAAAAUUAGCUGAUGGCGAUAAAUUAAAAAUACUAUUCUUAUUAUAUGUACAUUACUUGCAUUGUAUAUUUUGGUCUGAAGGCUAUGUCACACAUAUACAGAGAAAACUUAGGGUAUGAAACGUUUUCAUUAUGUUGAUCAGAUAAUGGCCAGUGAGCUGAGGACCCUGUCUUUGUUAUACUCAAUACAAUGCAGGUUAAAGAAGUAGAAAGCAGUAUACUUGAAUUACAGACCUGUACACGUUUGCUGUUCCAUCUCAAAUGCAAACAGUACAAAAAUGUUCAAAAAUGAUAUGCAAACGGUAUGGUAGAAUAAUGGAAAUGUUACGACAGUGCUAUGGAUAACUUGGGAAAAUAAACUGGUUUUUUAAAAAAUCAGAAAGUCUUUUUGAUCCUAAGGGAAAUGCCGAUUCCCACGCUGCAAUGUACUUCAGUUUUGUUAUUAAAUUAAACCUGAGCAGCAUCUCGAACAUACAUGUAAAUGAUGUAUGGAAAAGGUUUACCGUAACUUGUACAUGUUGGUUGUCAAAUUUUAACCACAGACUUAUGAGUUAACAGUUAUUUUUAUAAUUGACUUUGUGAAGCGAGCCUUAACAGAAUUGACAAAUAUACAAUGUAGCAGACAAACAAAUGUGUUGAUGUAAUUAGAUAUAUUACAAAUGUUGAUAUCAAAUGUACACUACAUUGCCAUUGAAUAUAUCUCCAAAACAUUAAAAAUAUUGACAUUUA